CACAAAACUACUAUUAAAUUGGGGAAAACUCUAAAUAGUUUUCUCUCAAAAUUUAAUGGUUAAUUUUUAGAUUUCAUUGCGAUACAAUCCGUAUGGUCUACAGUAAUGUCAUUUUGCUACAUAAUGCUACAGGUGACCCUAUCAGGAUUGCUGAAUUUCAUAGACGGACUAUGGUCGAGCUGUGGGGACAAGAGGAUCAUCAUCUUCACCACCAACCACAAAGAAAAACUGGACCUGGCGCUGCUGCGUCCAGGGCGGAUGGACGUGCACGUCCACAUGUCCUAUUGCACUCCAUGUGGAUUUAGAGUUCUGGCUGCCAAGUACAUCGGAAUAGAAGAUGACGAGCUCUUCGGAGAAAUUGCGGAGGCAAUCAGGACGACGGAGGUGACCCCAGCAGAGGUGGCGGAGCAGUUAAUGAGAAACGAUGAUGAUCUCGACGCCCUGCUUAAUGACCUAAUCCAAUUUCUUAACGUGAAGAAGAGGGAAAAUGAGGAGGCAAAGGCCAAGAAGAAUAGUGCACAACAAGAAUCGAUGGCUAGUGAAGGAGGGCAAACCGAAGAAGAAGAGAACGAAAGUAGAGAAUUAAUUUAGUAUAUGUCAGGAUUAGAUUAAGUGUACUGUUAAGGCCACAAAAAAAAAUGAUUAAGUGUACUGUUUUUAAUUAAAGUUAUUUUUCUGACAUGUCAGUGUUUUGUUGAGAUUAGUUAAUGCAAGUUUUGUUUCCUUGGGUGAAGUUAGUUAAUGAAAAUUGAAACUUGAA